AUGGUGCGGUGGGUAGAUGGUGUGUUGAGUUUAGAUGGUGCGGUGGGUUUAGAUGGUGCGGUGGGUUUAGAUGGUGUGGUGGGUUUAGAUGGUGUGGUGAGUUUAGAUGGUGCGGUGGGUUUAGAUGGUGUGGUGGGUUUAGAUAGUGCGGUGGGUUUAGAUGGUGUGGUGAGUUUAGAUGGCGCGGUGGGUUUAGAUGGUGUGGUGAGUUUAGAUGGUGUGGUGGGUUUAGAUGGUGUGGUGACUUUAGUUGGUGCGGUGGGUUUAGAUGGUGUGGUGGGUUUAGAUGGUGUGGUGAGUUUAGAAGGUGCGGUGGGUUUAGAUGGUGUGGUGGGUUUAGAAGGUGCAGUGGGUUUAGAUGGUGUGGUGGGUUUAGAUGGUGUGAUGGUGUGGUGGGUAGAUGGUGUGGUGAGUUUAGAUGGUGCGGUGGGUUUAGAUGGUGCGGUGGGUUUAGAUGAUGUGGUGAGUUUAUAUGGUGCGGUGGGUUUAGAUGGUGUGGUGAGUUUAGAUGGUGCGGUGGGUUUAGAUGGUGUGGUGAGUUUAGAUAGUGAGGUGAGUUUAGAUGGUGCGGUGGGUUUAGAUGGUGUGGUGAGUUUAGAUCGUGCGGUGGGUUUAGAUGGUGUGGUGAGUUUAGAUGGUGCGGUGGGUUUAAAUGGUGCGGUGAGUUUAGAUGGUGCGGUGGGUAGAUGGUGUGGUGAGUUUAGAUGGUGCGGUGGGUUAAGAUGGUGUGGUGAGUUUAGAUGGUGCGAUGGUUUUUGA